AGCCGUUUGGUUUUAUCAAUAUAAAGAAAAAAGAAAAAGAAGAAAAAAAACCAAAGCCAAACAAAAAUCCCAACAACCAAACCGAAUCAGAAAGCGAAAGAGGAGGCAUGAGUAGCAGUGGAGGGAAGCUGAGCUCAUCCAGCUCCGAAUUGGACUUGGAUCGACCCAACAUCGAAGAUUAUCUCCCGUCCGGAUCCUCCAUUAACGAACCUCGCGGCAAGCUUCGCCUACGCGAUUUGCUUGAUAUUUCUCCCACUUUAACUGAAGCUGCUGGUGCCAUUGUUGAUGAUUCAUUCACACGAUGUUUUAAGUCGAAUCCUCCUGAACCAUGGAACUGGAAUGUAUAUUUGUUCCCACUGUGGUGUUUCGGAGUGGCAGUUCGGUACUUGAUUUUAUUCCCUGCGAGGGUUGUGGUGUUGACAAUAGGAUGGAUAAUAUUUCUCUCAUCCUUCACUCCUGUACACUUGCUACUCAAAGGGCAUGAUAAGUUGCGGAAAAAGAUGGAGAGGGUUUUGGUGGAGCUAAUGUGCAGCUUCUUCGUUGCAUCGUGGACUGGAGUUGUUAAGUACCAUGGACCACGGCCUAGCAUUCGGCCCAAGCAGGUGUUUGUGGCCAAUCAUACUUCUAUGAUUGAUUUCAUCAUAUUAGAACAGAUGACUGCAUUUGCUGUCAUUAUGCAGAAGCACCCUGGAUGGGUUGGACUGUUGCAGAGCACUAUUUUAGAGAGUGUAGGGUGUAUUUGGUUCAACCGUUCAGAGGCAAAAGAUCGUGAAAUUGUAGCAAAGAAGUUAAGGGAUCAUGUUCAGGGGGUUGACAAUAACCCGCUUCUCAUUUUUCCUGAAGGGACCUGUGUAAACAAUCAGUACAGUGUUAUGUUUAAGAAGGGUGCAUUCGAACUCGGUUGCACAGUUUGUCCGAUUGCAAUCAACUACAAUAAAAUUUUUGUUGAUGCGUUUUGGAAUAGCCGGAAGCAGUCCUUCACGAUGCAUCUGUUGCAGCUUAUGACAUCCUGGGCUGUUGUUUGUGACGUGUGGUACCUAGAACCCCAAAAUCUAAGGCCUGGAGAAACACCAAUUGAAUUUGCAGAGAGGGUCAGAGACAUAAUAUCUGUUCGAGCAGGUCUUAAAAAGGUUCCAUGGGACGGAUAUUUGAAGUACUCUCGCCCUAGCCCUAAGCAUAGAGAGCGAAAGCAACAAAGCUUUGCUGAGUCCGUGCUUCUGCGACUGGAGGAAAAGUGAUAGCAUAGUGUACAUUUGGUUGUUUUAUUUAGUUGUAUUUACGGUUGAAGGCAUGGCUGCACUUGAUUUUUCUUUUAAUUGAAUGCUGAUUUUUCAUCUUAGAAUUUGUUGGUGUAUUCGGAUGUGAAAAUGGAAAGGAAGCGCCUAUUAAAGAAUUGCUUAGCAUGGUUUCUGAUGGUAGGUUUGUUUUUCAAAUAGAACAAGGUCGGUACUGCAAGCCAGGCCUUGGUAGUGCUGCUUCAGUUUUGCUCAGAACUCUGCUCCAUAUUCCUGAA